UACAAUUUUAUUGCAUCUCAAGUAGGUUGUUGGCUCUCGAUCUUGGCCAUUGAUUUCAAGGUAUAGAGCAUCUGUAAGAACACAGUCGCCGAAGGUGGAGAUGAUUGAUGCUUUAUUCAAGCCUUUGGCUGACGGGGUUGAUGAUGGUAUCAUGCGAGAACUGCUCUUAGACUUCUACCAGUCAAGCAGUGGACGCAAGCCGACUCAGAUAAUUGUUUUCCGGGAUGGAGUGAGCGAGUCGCAGUUCAAUCAAGUUUUAAACAUCAAACUGGAGCAAAUUGUCAAGGCCUAUCGGAAUUUGGGGAGGCCAAUAUUCCAAAAUUCACUGUUAUCGUGGCGCAGGAGAAUCACCACACAACUUUUUCAAACCUGA